AGCAGGAGGACGGUGAGAAGAGCGGAGCGGGGCGACGAGAGGCGACGGUGCCCGGCAUCCCUCGUCCCGGCGGGGGCGGCUCGGUGGGGCCCCGGGACAGAGAUGCGCCUCGGCCGCCCCGGCUCCUCCUCCUCUUCCUCCUCCUCCUCUUCUUCCUCCUCGUCGUCCUCCUCGUCGUCCUCCUCAUCCUCGUCGACGGCGGAUCAUGGAGAUCGAGAAUAUCGUGGCCAACACGGUGCUCCUCAAAGCCCGCGAAGGAGGAGGCGGGAAACGGAACGGCCGCAGUAAGAAAUGGAAGGAGAUGCUCAAGUUGCCCCACGUCAGCCACUGCGGCGACCUCAGACGCUCGACGGGCGGACUAUGAGGUGGCCUCAGAUGAAAACCGUAAAUACUGUGGUCUCGCGGUGUUAGACACGUACUUCGACAACGGGUCUGCGGCCCAUUUGCCGGAAAUACCUCGGGAUACCGUGAAAGCGUGUAAAGAGAGACUGGAGCAGAGUCCCUGCAGAGAGCUUUUCAAGGACUGCACCAGAGUCGUCCACGAUUAUUUAAGUGGAGCACCGUUUGAGGAUUACCAAGAAAGCAUGUACUUCUCUCGGUUCUUACAGUGGAAAUGGCUAGAAAGGCAACCAGUCACAAAGAACACAUUUAGACAUUACAGAGUUCUAGGAAAAGGAGGAUUUGGAGAGGUGUGUGCCUGCCAAGUGAGGGCAACGGGAAAGAUGUACGCCUGUAAAAAGCUCGAGAAGAAAAGAAUCAAGAAGAGGAAAGGAGAAUCUAUGGCAUUAAAUGAGAAACGGAUUUUAGAAAAAGUACACAGUAGAUUUGUAGUUAGUUUAUCCUACACGUAUGAAACGAAAGAUGCCCUGUGUUUAGUAUUAACGAUUAUGAACGGAGGGGAUUUGAAGUUUCACAUAUACAACAUGGGAAACCCUGGCUUUGAUGAACAGAGGGCUGUUUUCUAUGCUGCAGAACUGUGCUGUGGCUUGGAAGAUUUACAGAGGGAGAGAAUUGUUUACAGAGAUCUGAAGCCUGAAAAUAUUCUCCUGGAUGACCGUGGACAUAUCCGGAUUUCUGAUCUUGGAUUAGCCGUGCAGAUCCCAGAAGGAGAAACGAUCCGUGGGAGGGUCGGAACAGUCGGUUACAUGGCUCCGGAAGUCAUCAAUAAUGAGAACUACACAUUUAGUCCCGACUGGUGGGGACUUGGCUGCCUAAUUUAUGAAAUGAUUCAGGGACAGUCACCAUUCAGGAAACGCAAAGAGAAGGUCAAAAGGGAGGAGGUAGACCGGAGGGUAAAAGAGGACCAGGAAGAAUAUUCUGAGAAGUUCUCAGAGGAGGCAAAAUCCAUCUGCAGGAUGUUGCUCGCCAAAGAUCCGAAGGACCGACUGGGUUGCAGGGGAGACGGCGCGGCCGGGGUGAAACUGCACCCUAUUUUUAAGGGCAUUAACUUCAAGAGACUGGAAGCGAACAUGUUAGAACCACCUUUCUCCCCUGACCCACGGGCGGUGUACUGCAAAGACGUCUUGGAUAUCGAGCAGUUCUCCACGGUAAAGGGAGUCAACCUGGAUACCACCGACGACGAUUUCUAUUCCAAGUUUGUCACGGGCUGCGUCUCCAUCCCCUGGCAGAACGAGAUGAUCGAAACGGAAUGCUUUAAAGAUAUCAACGUGUACGAAAAUGACGAAAGCUUAUCGUACGAUCUAGACCCCGGAAAACGGAACCCCAGACCAAAGAGAGGCUUCUUCCACCGACUCUUCAGGAGAGGGGUCUGUUUCAGAACUAGUUACAGUGAUGAGGAAGAGGAACCGACGAGACUUUAAACCACUGUAUGAGAGCCAGACUCCCAAUGGCAAAGACUGAGUACUGAAUGUUCUGUUGUAUCUAUAAACUGUAAUAAAAAUUUAUUAUACCUUUUAAAA